UGUGUGAGGGAGGGAGACGGAGAGAUACCAGGGAUACUCAGACACCAGACAGCCGCCGCCGCAGCAGCAGCAGCAGCGACAGGGAGGGCAGGGCGCGCGUUGAAGCGGCACGUAGAGCGGCUCGCCCUCGUUGUCAGCCGGGCAGAGCCUGACAGUCUCGUUGCGAGGACGUUAUUUAAAAAAGGGGGGUUGUGGGGGGUGGGAGAAAGAGAGGAGAAGCCUUGGCCAGCUGAAACAGCGAACAGGGAGGCGAGGAGGCUGCCUCGCGUCUUCCCAGCCUCCCACCCAGCCUGUCCGCCCGGUCCAUGGAGCCCAGCUAAGGCAGCGCUGGCAAAGAGGACAGCGAGGCCAGUAGUGUUGAUGUGGAUGUUUUGGGCUGCCCAGAGAUUAAUUGGAUGCCCGUGACAGCUAUGUAAACUACAGUUCUGCAAAGCCUCGGAAACCCUGCAAAAUGGAGGAACUAUAUAAGGACACGCAAAACCUGCCUAUGGAUGUUACCACCUCACCCUCAGCUAUGGCAAACAACAAGCUAGAGAAUGGAGUUGCCCAGCUGAUAACGGCAGAAGCCUGGAAUAUCAAUUCAGCAGACUUGAUGAAGAAAGCACUUUCGCCGCUGGUGACUGUCCCCGCUCCAUCAAUAUUGACACCGCCAGCAGAAUCCCAAAGUGGGGUCGCUCUCAAGGUAGCUGCCACAGUGCUUCAGCCCAUUUGCUUAGGAGACAGCCCCGUGGUUCUCCCAAUACAUCUCCAAGUAGCAGGAAGCACAGCCCCUCAGAUUGCUCCGAAUGGCAACACUCCCUACGUCAUGACCACUCAAGGCCCAGUGCCACUGCCUGUCCUCUUAGAGCAACACGUGUUCCAGCAUUUAAACUCCCCACUGGUGUUACCGCAGAGUUCUCCCUGUGCAGCCAACUCCAUUCACAGCAACCUCUUUCAGGGCUCUUCUGCUCCGUUGGGACAGCCGCAACUGUUGGAUCAGAAACCAUCAAAUACAGCUCAGGAGUCUGUCUUGCCUCCUGUGUUUCAGACACCAGGAUUUGCUGCCGUUUUGCAGGAUCUCUUUCCCACACAAGGCGCCUUAGGUCCUUCGCCCUAUCAGCCACCUCCAGACUGCUCUUCUGUCCCCCCACCACAGCCCUUCAGCUCCCCGUUAUCUCCCCUGGUUCCGCCAGCCACACUCUUGGUACCGUACCCUGUGAUCGUUCCUCUGCCAGUCCCAGUUCCUAUUCCGAUCCCCAUUCCCAUCCCCGUGCCCCACGGUGCUGAGUCUAAGGCCAACAUGGACUGCCCGAAACCAGCUGCUUCAUUCGUCUUGCAUUCCUGCAAAGGCACCCAGACUCCCUUAGAGAAAGAAGAAACCAAACCAUUCGAUUUCAUCCACCACAGAGAGCUUUCCCAGCUGAACCGGCACACUGUCAUCAAGAUGAGUAAUGAGAAUGAGGUCCUCGAUCUGUCCAUGAAAACAGCCCCUUUGCUUAAGGAAGGCGAGGACAAUUCCCAGCUCUCACUGGAGGGCGGCGCUUUGGACCUCUCGAUUACUUCCUGUCGGAAGGCUAGCAGCACCGAAGCAAGCAAUAACGGCACCCGAUCUGGAUCCGCGAUGGAUGGCGCUUCUCAUUCUGCAGCGGAUAAGCUUUCCGGUGCGGCUUUGCCCUUUGCUCCUUCCAAACUGCACGAGGCUCCGGGAAAGGUGGAAAGCAGAGUGAUCAGUAGCGGCUCGUCUGAACUCCUGAGACAGCAGCCCAAAUGGCUGGUGGACCAGACCAGUAUAGCACCCUGCGAGCCGCCCACUGGCAAUAACAUUGAGAUUGUGAGCACGUCACAGACGGCCAAAGUGAUUGUCUCUGUCAAAGAUGCGGUGCCUACCAUUUUCUGCGGCAAGAUAAAGGGCCUCUCGGGGGUUUCGACGAAAAACUUUUCCUUCAAAAGGGACAUGCCCCAGGACUCGGUGUUGCAGUGUUAUGACGUGAAGAACCAGCCGGAAGCCCGGGAUAAUGCAGAGGCCCUUAGGAAACCUAUAAAAAACAGGAGUGUCAAGUUAAAGAAAAUGAGCUCGCAGGAAAUACACAUUCUCCCAAUCAAAAAGCAGCGGCUCGCGGCCUUUUUUCCAAGAAAGUAAUUUAUGAGGUUUUAGAAUGUUUUAAGGUAUAAUUAUUAUAAAUAAAGAGAUGCACUUCAUUUUUAAUUGCAUUAAAAUGUUAAGCUAUCCUUUAAGUUAUUUUGAGGCAGAGGACUGUGGAGUGGGGAGGGGAAGGGAAGGGGGUGGAGCAGCUUGGGUGGGGGGAAGACAGCUGGAGAGAACUGGCUACGUCUUCCCUGUACAAUGGGCCCCCUCCCACCUGGUUGCGUUCUAAAAUUUUCAUGAAAACUAAAUAAAAAGCAGCAUAUUUUUCAAGUGGAUUGCACCUUUGCAGCUUUAAUGGGAUACAGUGGGUGAAUGAGCCAGAGGGGUAAGAGCUAUUUUCACUGCCAUGAAGUGCUUUGAUGAUGUAAUUCUGAACAAUGGUGGGUAGAAUGGAACUUUCGGAAUAAAUAUUUGUAUGUGCUA